AUGACGAACAGAGACUCAGCACAGGAAAAGUUGGCCAACCAGGACACCCAGCAUGUUUGCGGAAAAACAAACGUGUACGUCUUCAAUUGCUUCCAUGGUGCAACGCUCAACGACGUCCAUUUCUCAAACGACAACAAGGGGCAACAUAUCUACUACAGCCACGCGUCCAACAUGGACGAGGCACAGGAAGUUGCAGAGUACGUAAACGAGUUUCUGGGACACUUGCACGAGCAUAUAGUGUUGAGGAAGAGACAGAAAACUGAGCAAUCAGAAAACCACGAGGAGUUGGCAAAAGGGGAGCCACUGCCCACUCACGUUCGGCCAGAACCCGUCAUUCCUGACUCAGUGGUACAAUUGGACCUGGUGCAACAAGAAGCCCCGGUAGAAGUUCUUUGUGGGUUCCAUCACUCGCUAAGCCAGGAGCAGGUCCAGUCAUUGUUGGUGGAAGAAAACGAGGUUUUCUCCCGACUCCAUAGCCGGCCGCUAACGCAGAACGAUCCUUUUUUCUACUUCAACGACAUGUGGCUAUCAAAGCUCGUUCGCGAGAAGAAAUACAGACUGGUUCAUUACCAGUACAAACUAGAGCAAGAGUUGCCCGUGGUUAAAGGCUCUACUGUGUUCAAGGGUGUAGCUCCAAAAAAUUGUCCCUACGUUGCCAUGACGUUUGCCCAGUGCACACAGUGCUCGCUUGUGCUACCUUACAAGGGUAAAAAGAAUCCACGCAAAAACGACGGAAACGCGCUCUCGCAUGCUAGAAGACACGACAAGAGGACUAAUUGAUGGCAACGUUGCUUUGCAUUGCUUGAUAUUCCGGCCUCAUUUCUUGAAUACCCAAGGUGAUUCACCAAAUCGUGUUUCCAAUAUUUAUUUGACCCGAUCGCUAUUGUCCUUGCGUAAUGCUAAAAUUUUCCAUGCACCACAAAAUGGAUCCAAACUGAGUUAGUAUAGUUAGCUGAUCAAAGCCUCGAUACCCUUUAUUAGAUUAGUCAGGAUUCCAAUAUAGUCUCAUCCUGGUUACUUGCCUCUGCCAUGUUUCUACAACCGUUCUCAUCGG